CACAACACAACAGAAGUGUUUCAAGAGGACACUUAAAAGUGAUGCACACGUCCGGACACGCUUGUUGUUGACGCGGAUUUUGAGUCACAGCGCUAUUAAGGUUCUCUUUGGAAAAUGAGAUAAAAAAAUGUCUAGAAGCUAAUAAGGAUGAAACACGAGUCAAAUCAGUCUGUAGCAGGAGUACCCAGGGAGUAAAACAGGAGGUGCUCUUGACCAAUAAGGAGGGAGAACCACUUCAAGGACUGUAGGUAACUGAUAAUGUGCUCCUUUGGACUUGUGAAGAGUGAUGACAAUGAAGAGAAAAUUAAUUGCAAGCACCUUUUUCAAGCAAAACAGUAGGGAGCGGAGUGGUGACUCUUUCAGCCAGCAUCUCAACCAAAUAUGGCAACAAAAGCCAAUGGAGAGAACUGUAGAGGAUCGGAAGCCGAUAGGAACUUGGAUCCACUUAUCCAUCUACAGCCAGAGACAGACAACAAGGCCUGCAAAACAUGUGAGACUGAAGAUUGGCAGAAACCUUUGUCAGAUUCUGAACAUGAAGCUGAAGACUUGGACAAUGGUUGGAGGAAAACAAGCACACCUAAUUCAAGUUCAAACACUCAUGAGCUUAAUGUAAACAAUACAAAAUCAAACGAUGUUAAGAACUCUUGUUGCUUCCCUAAGAUUUGUUCAAGACUUGAACAAAAAUGUCUGAAGAGCCAACAUAGAUCCAGGAGAGACAUUAACAAAGUAAAACCUAUUACUUGUGAGGUUUGUGGAAAGACCUUUGUCCAACAAAAAAAUGCAGAGAAACACUUAAGUUGUGAUGUUUGUAGAAAUGUGCUUGGACCUCAACAGAAUAUUGAGGAACAUAUCGCAGUUCAUACAGGGGAGAUGCCCUUUAGUUGUAAUGUGUGGGAAGAGAUUUAACAAGCGACCAUACAUGAAGAAACACAUGAGAGUCCAUACUGGGGAGAAACCCUAUAGUUGUGAUGUUUGUGGGAAGAGAUUUUCCCAACACCAUCAUGUUAAGGAACACAUGACAGUCCAUACAGGGGAGAAACCAUAUAGUUGUGAUGUUUGUGGGAAGAGAUUUACACGACAACCACACGUUGAGUGCCACAUGAGAUCCCAUUCAGGAGAGAAACCUUACGGUUGUGAUGUUUGUGGAAAGAAAUUUACACAACCACAACAUCUUAAGAAACACGCAGCAGUUCAUACAGAAGAGAAACCAUUUGGUUGUGAUGUUUGUGGGAGGACAUUUAAACAUCAACAAGAUGUUAAGAAACACAUGAAAUCUCACACAGGAGAGAAGCCCUUUGAUUGUGGUGUUUGCGGUAAGAGAUUCUCUCAACAACUGAAUGUCAAGGUACAUAUGAGAUUGCAUACUGGAGAGAAACCCUACAGUUGUGAUGUUUGUGGGAAGAAAUUUACUCAACCACAACAUCUUAAGAAACACAUGACAGUCCAUACUGGUGAGAAACCCUUUAAUUGUAACAUUUGUGGAAAGGAAUUUAAAUAUCAACAAAGUUUUAAAAGACACAUGACAAUCCAUACAGGAGAUUUCCAAGGGGGUCCAUAAGGGAGUGAAACCCUGUAGUUGUAAUGUUUGUGGUAAGAAAUUCAAAUGAAAGACAUUUGAGAUUCCAAAGUGGAAAGAAACCUUAAAGUUGUUGUCCUUGCUUUGCUGGAAUAACAUUUUGAUUGAACAAGGUAUCAAGAGACGCAUGCAAAUCCAGACAGAAGAAAACCUGUAUGGCUGAAGUAGUGGGGAAGAGAUUUUCACUACCAAAAUGUGUCAAGGAAACAGAGGAUCCAUGCAAAGAAAACUAAGGUGUCAGUCUUGUUGUAUCAUCUUAUCAGUCAAACUGCCCAAGACUCAUAUGUAAUAUUGGAAAGUAAUGUUAUAUUGGAUGCAAAGCUGGUGAGCUCUUGAAUGAGCUUGAAUGCCUUUCAAUAGCACAGCUCCAUACAGCUCUUGUUCAUAUACAGGACAAGAUACAGUAGAAAUAAAAAUGGUAAAAAAAGUUGAUCACUAAAAACCUACUUGUCUAAAGAUUUGUUUUCUGUUGCCAUGUUUUUGCAUAAUAAUGACAAAAAAUGUAAA